GAAUAAUAAAAGGGCAAAAGCUGUCUGUGUAAAUGUAAACUAGGCAAAUCUGCAAUAGAUGGUCUAACUUACUUCCUUCCUCGAAUGGCCUUCACAACAUUCAGCCAUGAACAACUUGCGGACUUUUAUGCGACUCAUAUUGUACGGAAUAUACUACUUCCUCUAUAUAUCCUACUUCCUCUUUCCCGGUGCUUAUGCCGUUUCACCACCCGUCCGCUUUUUACUUUUUACAUGGAAUGCUCAGUCAUUUUUCUUUGCGUAAUUUAAAAAAUUUCUCUGUAGUCACAUUCGUUCACUCACUCUUCCUUCAAUUUAGACUUAUUUUUUUGUUUUUGAUUGCCUGUCUCACACAUUUUGCUCUUAUUUUUAGUA